AUGGGUGGCGGUGAUCUGAACUUGAAGAAAUCAUGGCAUCCGUCAUUAGUCAAGAACCAAGAGCGCGUAUGGCAGCAGGAAAAGCGCGCGCUGGACGAGCGCAAACGCAUCGACCAAGUGAAACGCGAGCGUGAAGAAGAACGACAAAUCCAAGAGCUCCAGCGCCUCCAAGAAGCUUCCGGCAAGCCUAAGCAACUUAAUCGAGUCGAUUGGAUGUACCAAGCGCCCUCCAGCGCCACCGGCCACUACUCUGAGGAGAUGGAGGGAUAUCUCCUGGGAAAGCGACGAAUUGACGGUAUCCUGCUCAAGAACGACACCGAUAACCAGAAACUGGAGAAGGGCGCGGAUGUGGUUGGGGCGCAUGCUGCCGCGGCGGCGGGUCCGUCUAUCGGGUCGCAGCGUGAUACCAUGUCAAAGGUCAUGGCGGACCCGUUGUUGGAAAUUAGGAAGAGAGAGCAGGCGGCUCAGGAGGCUGCUAUGAAGGAGGCGAUUCGGCGCAAGGAGAGGGAAGAGAAGCGUGGGGCUCGCGAUGGUGAUCGGGACCGAGACCGAGACCGUCGCCAUCGUAAUCGUGAUCAUGACUCUAAGCGUCGGAGGUAUAGUGAUGAUGCGGAGGAUGACCGACGGUAUCGGAGUCAUAGAAGUUCUCGUCGUCACCGGUCUAGAUCGCCGUACUCACCUGAGCGAUCUUCUCAUCGACACCGCAGUGAACGAGACCGUGACGAUGAUCGCGAGCGCCGACACGACGACAGCAGAUCGCGCAACGAUGACCGCACUCGUGACCGCAGCCGGGAUCGUCAUGAUCGCGAGAAGGAUUCUCGCGGUGAUCGCCGCAGAGAUAGAGACGACAGACGUGAUCGGGACCGAGACCAUGAUCGUUCCUCGGGCCGGCCUCGUGAGCGUGAACGCGAGCGAGACAGAUCUCCACGACGAUCAUCUGGCCAACAAACCUCCUCAGAAGACCGCAACGGCCGUGCUCCUCGAGAGAACAACCGCGGCGAACGCAACUUCAACAAUCAACGAAAUGGCACAUAUGGUAGAGACCGAGCUCCUCCAUCUCGCCCAGCGCAGAACCAACCCGACCCCAAGGAGUUAGAGGAAGAGCGCCGACGUAAGCUCGCCGAGAUGCAGUCCAACGCCAACGAUCUGGAAUCGGAUCGGCGCCAUCGCAUCACGGAAAUUGAUGCGCAGGAGGAAGAGCAACGGGAAGCUGAUGACAAGCAACGCUCAGACCGUGGUCGAUUUAUGUCUCAAGUGCACAAACGUGUUGGGGAGGACAGCUUGGAUGAACGUAUUCGGCGCAGCCGUGGUGGGCUUUCCAAGAUGGAUGAGGAAUGA